ACCAUUUGAAUCACAGAACACCAUUAUACUCCUCUCUCACCAUAAUGCCGCCGUUCGCGACCGCCGCAAACACUCUCCGGGCUCGCCUGACCCCGUCGCUUCGUACUCGUGGCGGAGGAGGCGGUCCAAGCCGCUGGACCACUCCGGGCCACGAAGAGCGACCCAAGGGUUUUGCCUUCAACCGGACGCCGGAGCCGGCUGGGCAAUCGCGGAAGUGGGAGGAUUGGGAGCUGCCGUGCUAUCUCACCAGUUUCCUAACCGUCGUCAUCCUCGGAGUGGGCCUCAGCGCGAAGCCCGAUCUCACGAUCGAGACCUGGGCCCACCAGAAAGCCCUAGAACGGCUCGAAUCGGAAGCGUCGCAGCGCGCUAACUCUGAUUGACGAAGAAGGUAUCUUCUAUUUGCUUUCGCUUUUCUUUCCCCCCUCUUCUUAAUGAGGGAUGUGGCGACGGAGGGAUCUUCGUGAGAAAUAAAUGUAAUUGACUGACUGGCUUUGCUGUUGGUGUUUUAGACUUUGUUGUUUUCGGAUGCUAUCAAUAUAAGGGAUUUUCAGUGUUA